AUGUCCAAGAAGGAUGUGGCGUGUUUCUGGAUCGUACUGUUCCUGUACCAAGAGCUACGGACCGACCCGAUUGCAGAGAUGGGACCAUCCUCCAGCAUCCUGAUUCAAGAGACACCAGGGUUCAUCUUAACAGAGAAGAGGAUCCUGACCCGACGUGUGUUCGUCAGCUUGGACCCCAAGAUUUCCAUCGAGAAGGCAUACAACAUUUCAUCGAUGCAGCUUCCUGAGUUACAGACUUGGUACCAGAUGCACCUCCAAAGAGCACAGGACCGUGUGCGAAACAUCUUGGAGCAAGCCCGGAAACCAUUUGUAUCCAGUUCUAUUCCGAUGAGCAACCGACCCAAAAGGUUCCUCACCGCUAUAAUUGUUGCAUUAGUUUGUGCCACUGUCGGUGCAGUUGUCGCAACUGGAAUGUCUGCAGCCAACUCUAUUACUGUCCAAAAGCUGGAUAUGGAAAUCUAUGCGCUAAAGCAACACAUUAACGAUAUUCAUCAGGUGAUACAACAGCAAAGAACACUUCUCCAAGACGUGUUAACUAUUGUGGAAGACACAGUUGUUACAACAAAUUUGCAUUCGGAAUUAAUUGCCAAAUCCACUGAGUUGCACCAAAGUCAUGACUUAUUUAAGCGUGAACUUCUAUUUCUGCAUGACCCAAUAUUGUUCCACACACUUGCUUUUCUUGACGAAGUGCAAACUGGAAUGAUCGAAUUGGCAGGGGGACGCAUACCUCUGUAUUUUGUAUCCAAGGAUAUUGUUCAUGCGAUGCUUGCCAAUGUGGAUGGAGAGACAAUUGAGCCUAUGCAAUUAAAUCUGGCCUUUGAGAUGGGGAGCGCUAUACCUCUCUUAAUUAAUCCAGAACGUAUGGAGAUUUGCUUUUUAUUGACCAUACCAUAUGUAACUCCCAAAGACAUUUUUCAAAUGAAAACAAUGUACUAUGUAAUAAUGAUAUUAUGGUUGAUUGUACUAAGUGUAAAGUUCAAAACUUUUACAGGUACAAAUAUAUACAAAAAUGUUCAUUCCACGCACGGGCCUAUGUUAGAAAUGAUGUGAUUGCACAAUAUGUCUGAUAACGUCUAUAGUGCUUAUUCAUAAGCUAAAUUAAUUUUGGCUAUGAAAUGCACUAAAGGGGGGUUAUGUCAGAGUAUUUAUAUCGGCAGACAUCUUGUGCUAUGAUAGAAACUAAAAGUGUAUAUUCUGAGUCACUCUGAACAGACCAGACUCCAUUUUGUUAUUUCAAGUUAACAGAAAGACACUAUAUUUCUAUCUGUAAGCUAACCACUUUCCCAGAGCUCAGGAAUGCAUAGUAUAUACAAGCCAAGUGAUAAGGAAGGGGGUUGGACAGACUGUCUAAUGCUAAAAGAAUAUAAUCAAAUCUAAACCCAGACAAUUGUGACAGAGAAGAUUAAAUAAUUUAAUUUUACUGUCUAUAUAUAUAAGGUACCAUUGUAUGGAAAAGGGUAAACUUAGUUCAUGAUCUGUCAUAUCAGAAAUUAUGGCAGGAAUUGCAGACGCUAAGUCUGGACAAAAUUUAAGAAACCCUUUGAAAUUUUAAAUUAUGGCGCUAUAAAGAUAACGCAAAAUGACGUCAAAAUAGCCACCAGGAAAAGUUAACUCUUUCCUGGAUAGGUAUGUUUAGUGGGACAAGACUGCCCUCUACAGACCAAAUAACUAAUUUGCGAUCUGGAAGAUAACCACACCUCUAGUGCUUCUAUUGGGUUAUCAACUGAUGACGUACAGAGAGUCUGGCCCUUUAAAAGUUAAGACAAAGGGAAGAUAUACAAGAGAUAGACGAGACGAAGGAGGCAGAUGCAAGAUAUGCAAAGGAGAGAAAAGAGAGGAAUUGGAAGUUUGGGGACUCCAACCUCCAUGCAGAGACACAUCCAAAUAAAUUCCUGAGACUACCAAUCGGAUGAAAUAUCUACUCAACUGGUAAUUAUACUGGUUUCAUUUAAUUAAAUUAAAUUAAUUAAAAUGUAUUAAUAGCAUUAUAUAUGACUGGAUAAAGCACGGUCAGAUUUCCAUAUUAAGAAAUCUUAGUUAACUAAGAAUAUAUAGUUAUAAAUAUUCCAUUCUGCAGGUGGAAUUAAGAAUAAUUAUAUAUUGAUGUGAUAUUAUCACGUGUUAGCAUACCGCUGUUUUUAUCCAGGUGUAUUGAUUUGCUCUAAAUUAAGAUAGAUAUCUUUUAGACAAAUUAAAAUCUGCUUAUAUAAUAUGUAGAUUCUCUUAUUGGAUGGUUUAAGAAAAUGAAUUUAAACUGGUUUAAAUGUUAUUUUAUUUAAAAUUACAUAAGAAAAGAUCUUAACUACCUAGGAGAUCUAGCCAGCAUUGAAAGGGUUAUUCUAACUGUCUGCUAAACUUUACGACCUUACGCUGCACUCUGAGGAAUUCUGUUCUUCGCUGUGAAAAGUUUCACUUUAAGUCUGUGAAAGAUAGUCAUAAAUAAAGUCUUGACAGAAAAUGCUUUUUAGCCAUUGAAACGUAAUACCCAUUCCUUUGUAUUGCAUACCAUUUUAUACUGAAUAUUCAUUGAUUAUUGUCAUGCAUGUUACAUAAUAUUAUUUGUUAAUUAUUGGUUAUCAUAAAUAAAAUCUAUUUUUAUACAUUGUGAUUAUUUAUAUGAAAUACUUUUCACUUAACACGAUAAACGUUCUUUGGGAUCUGAGAAUUGAAUUAGUGGGCAAUUCUCACUGUUACUAUUAUUAUCCCAUAAAUAUCCCCACAGCUGGCAGGUCUCAACCAUCAUAGCACAUGCCGCUACGGCACGUAAGCAAGCCGGCAUGCCCUGGACCACCGCUGGCAACAAUGUAGAAUAAAAAGCCACAGGCCAAUACCCAGAGCCGUGGAAGGUGUCUGGAUCUGACACCUUCUGACACCUUCCACUGUUGAUCCGCCCUCCGCACAAUAGAGGUGGAACGGCAAUGUAUAAUUUGACAGUCCCGAUGCUGUAGCAGAGCAUAAAGAGUCUUUGAGGGCUGUAAAGGAACGCUCAAGUUCUAGUGUCCACUGUAUGACAUCAGGAUUGCCCUUCAGUGUGCUUUGUCUUAGAAUAUGGUCAUGAUAAGAACAGUCAGGUAUCCACUGGCGACAGUAAGUGA